AAGGGCAGCCAACGCUUACAACCGCCGCCGAACCACCGCUGAUCCGCACUGCUCAGCCGCCGCACGCCGGUUACUGGAACGCAACGCCUCUAAACGCUGCCUAGAGCAGCUCUCAGCGACACCACUUGCCGCACGCAGCGAAUCGCACGGUGGCGCCAGACGACGCUCCUUGCGGCGUCGAGUGACACCAACGACAGCACACGACACGACGGCGCUCAACGCGACGCAGGAAAACCGACCAGGCAGAAGAACAGAGAACUCCGGCAGGAACCAAAAUCCGCAAGUACAUUGCAGGUAGCAUUUGCUGUGAUUUCGAUUUUCAAACCAAAUGACCCCUUACAUCAGUUGGGCUAAUAAUGUUGAUGAAGCUGUUGUGUAGCAGCAGAACCAAACGACAUUACUGCACUUUUCUCUCCCCAGCUUCUAGAGAAUCUGAAAUCAUCCAGCUUUGCAAUUCAGGCCAUCUCUUAAAAGCUCUUAAGCUCCUCAACUCUCUAGGCUCGCCAGACGGCAUUACUGCCAAACCAAUUCUAUACGCCACCCUUGUACAAGGGUGCACCAAAGCCAAUUUUUUCAACCUUGGCCUCCAGUUCCAGGCCCACGUGAUCAAGGCUGGCCUUGAUGUCGACCGGUUUGUUGGCAACAGCCUCCUCGCUCUUUACUUCAAGCUUGGAAGAAAUUUCUUUGAAACCCGACGUCUUUUUGAUGGGUUAGUCUACAAAGAUGUGGUUUCUUGGUCGUCAAUCAUAUCGGGCUAUAUUCGGGUGGGAAAGCCCCAGCUUUCGCUUGCAUUGUAUGAGGAAAUGCUGGAUUUUGGAGUUGAGCCAAAUGCAUUUACUUUAUCUACUUUGAUCAAGGCAUGUUCUGAGCUCCGGGAGUUGAGACUUGGGCAGUGUUUCCAUGGGGCUGUAAUCACUCGUGGUUUUGAUGAUAGUGGGGUGAUAGUUAGUGGGUUGAUUGAUAUGUAUGGGAAGAAUUUUGAAGCAGGUGAUGCACGGAAGUUGUUCUAUGAAAUGCCACUUCUUGAUGAUUUUUGUUGGACCUCUGUAAUUUCAGCCCUUACUAAAAAUGAUUUGUUUGGGGAAGCUUUGAAAAUCUUCCAUUCAGGGCACAGGAAUCACAAGUUGCUUCCAAGUGCCCAUACUUUUGGGAGUGUAUUGACUGCUGUGGGAAAUUUAGGUAGGUUGAAGCAAGGAAAACAAUUGCAUGCAAAGGUGGUUGCACUCAGGAUAUGUGGUGAUAUUUUUGUGGAUAGUAGUUUAGUAGAUAUGUAUGCCAAAUGUGGGCUUAUAAAUGAGUCUCGUCGGGUUUUUGAUGGCAUGGCUGAGAGGAAUUCAGUUUCUUGGUGUGCCUUGCUAACUGGAUACUGCCACAAGGGCGAUUUUGAUACAGUGGUUCAUUUAUUUAGGAUGACGGAGGAGGUUGAACUUUACUCGUUCGGAACUGUUAUCCGUGCCUGUUCAGGGUUGGCAGCUUUGAAGCCGGGGAAGGAAGUUCAUUGCCAGUUCUUAAGGCGGGGUGGCUUCAGGGACAUUGUAGUUGAAUCUGCGUUAGUUGAUUUGUAUGCAAAAUGCGGAUGUUUUGAUGCUGCAUAUAAUGUUUUUGUGCGAAUGCCUGCUAGGAAUGUGGUUUCAUGGAACUCGAUGAUAUCCGGAUUUGCACAGAAUGGCAGGGGAGAAGAAGCUAUUAAAAUGUUCAACAAGAUGAUUAGUGAGGGUAUCAAGCCUGAUUAUAUAACUUUCGUUUCUGUUAUUUCUGCUUGUAGUCAUACUGGCCUUGUAGACACGGGGCGCAAGUAUUUUGGUUCGAUGAUGGAUGAUUACAAAAUUAAACCCAAGCUUGAGCACUACGGCUGCAUGAUUGAUCUUCUAUGCCGGGCUGGGGAGCUAGAAGAAGCUGAGUGUUUGAUAAACAGUUCAGAGUUCAAAAAUGAUCCAUCUCUUUGGACCUGCCUGCUCGGAGCUUGUAGCAAUACCACGGAUCCAACUAUUGCACAGCGAAUUGCAAAGAAAAUUAUUGAAUUAAAACCUGAGUAUCAUCUGAGUUACGUGUACCUGAGUAAUGUGUACAAAGCGAUUGGACGGUGGGAUGAUGCUCUCAAGGUUUGGUGGGAUAUGCGACAUAAGAGGGUGAAAAAGAUUCCUGGGAAGAGCUGGGUUGAAUCUAACAAGAACCUAGGCCAUCUUUCUACCAAUCCUUUUGAGGAAAAUAACUCAGAGGUGGUAAAGGCAUUGAUAUAGUGUGUAUGUUUUUUGUUUUUUUUUUUUUAACAAAAAAUUUCUGAUUGUGCUAUUUACUACAUCAAC